GACACUCCUCUUUCUCCUUACUUUCCACGCCAACAAAGGCCCAUUAUCAUCAGCAUGCCUUCCUCCAACACCUCUAUUAUCUAUCUCAAGCACCCUACCGAGUUCCCGGUUGUGGGCGAGCAUUUCGCGGCCCAGACCAACAAGGACUUCAAACCCGUCCUCAAAGACGGCGAGGUCCUGACCCGCAACCUCGUCAUCUCACUUGAUCCAUACAUGCGUGGAAAGAUGCGUGACACAGGCAAGCAGUCGUACAGCGCCGCCUUCGAAAUCGGCAAGCCAUUGGACGCCCGUGGUAUUGCCGAGGUCAUCGAGAGCAAGAACGACAAAUAUCCAGUUGGCUCCAUCAUCCACGCCUUUGUCGGUUGGGAAGAGUACACAGUCCUGCCUGACCUGCCCACGACCAGGAUCAUUCCAGAGGCCAGAGAAUCCAAGCUCCCGUUGUCAUCCUAUGUCGGAGUAUUGGGCAUGCCAGGUCUUACCGCAUAUGCUUCCUUGAAAGACAUUGGAAGGCCCAAGGCUGGUGAAACCAUCUUCAUCUCGGCAGCCUCUGGAGCUGUGGGCCAGCUUGCUGGUCAAUUGGCCAAGGUCUGGGGUCUUACCGUCAUCGGAUCAGCUGGAUCGGAUGAGAAGGUCGACUAUCUGCUCAAGGAGGUCGGGUUCGACAAGGCCUUUAACUACAAGAAGCGCACUGCCCACGAUGCCCUCAAGGAGCUGGCGCCCAAGGGAAUCGAUAUCUAUUUUGAGAACGUCGGUGGCGAGACCCUCGAGGCCGCGUUGGACAACAUGAACACCCACGGCAGGGUUAUCGCGUGCGGAAUGAUCUCACAGUACAACACUACUAAGCCCUACGGUAUCAAGAACCUGAUGCAAGUUGUCAGCAAGAGAUUGACUAUUCGAGGCUUCAUUGUCGCGGACUUUCAAGAGCAGUACUUUGCAGAUUUCUUCCGAGAUGUCAAGGCCCUGCUCCUGGAGAACAAGAUUGUUUACAAGACUGAUGAGGCCAAGGGUAUCGAGGCUGCUCCUGAGGCGUUCGUUGGUCUUUUGCAGGGAAAGAAUUUCGGAAAGCAGGUUGUGAAGGUUGCAGAUCUGUGAACAGACGACGAAACAAAGAAUGAAAGCGCCACGGCGUCCUCCAUUUACGCGACUCCUUGCACAGCACGCUAUGCGAAUAAAAUAAAAUGGAGACAGACAAACCAUACCAUGCACGCGCUCUCGGAAAGACCCUCAGUGCCAAUGGGCUGCUUCUAGUCAGGGCUUACAAAUGCAACAGGAAUCACGCAAUCAUCGGUCUAUCUGUGAUCAUACAGUC